CUAUUCCCAUCAUUUGCGCCGUGUUUCUUUGAUUCCUUCCAAAGAGAUUAAAAAAAUUUCUUCCUUUUGUUCGAUUCAUGUUUUUUUUUUCUUUGCCUAUGAAUGAAAAAGAUAAAUCCUUUCACAGCUUUCUCUCUCUCUAAUUUUCCAUCAAAAUUUUGCAGAAAAACAUGUACAUAUUUGUGUCUCAUCAUAUCACUGUAAUUUUAUUGAACAUAUCCAUUAUUAAGACAAAGCUGGUCUUUUGUCUAUAUUUCCUCGAAAUCCACAUAAAAUUCCAGUCACUCUCCUUUUUUUGACUUGUUUUUUUCUCUUUUCUUUUUUCAGUUCAAAGAAUCUUUGUCAAUGUUCAAAAUCAAGGCUUCAAAUUUCUUCCCCGCCUGCCACUAUUGAAUCCUUUUCCCAUUUCCUCAAAAACCCUUUUUUUUGUGUGUGUGUGUGUGUUAAGAAAUUAAAGCCAACCCCCCCCCCCCCACAAAUUAUGUGUUCUGAAACAAGUCCAAGGGUGUCUUUUUCUCAUGAUCUAAGCCAACCAACAAUGGAACAACGUGAACAACGAAGAGACACAAAGUUGUUAGAACAGCCGCCUUGUUCGGAUUUCGAGUUCAACAUUUGCACCACCAGCUUCGACCAACAACAAUGGUCAUCAGCCGAUGAGUUGUUUGCUAAUGGUAUGUUACUCCCUAAAACAGUAACCCCAAAAUAUGAUGCCAUUGCCCCAUCACUUGUUUCACUUCCACCACGGCCUAAAUUGUCCAUGGCUGAUGAUGUAAGAAAAGACAUGGUGGAAAAAAAACCAGUUUCCAACAAGUCUAUUUGGGGUUUUAAAAGAAGCAGCAGCCUCAAUUGUGAUGUUAAAAAGGGACUAAUUUGUUCCUUACCCCUUCUUUCGAGAAGUAAUUCAACCGGUUCGGUUUCGAGUGCGAGUUCGAAACAUAAGCAUAGUUCACCAAAGCUACCAUCAUCAUCAUCAUGUUGUAAUGGUUAUCAGUUUCCUCAAAAGCCUCCAUUGAAGAAAAACCAUGGGAAUUGUUCAUAUGGUAAUGGUGUUAGAAUCAGUCCUGUCUUGAAUGUGCCACCUCCUUACAUCUCUAAAGGAACAGCCAACCUGUUCGGUUUAGGAUCCUUUUUACGAAAUGGGAAAGUCAAGAAGAGCAAGAAAUGAAUUUCCUUACAUGAUGUUGGAUUUUUUUUUCUAAACUGUUCAAUAUUACGAUGAACAAAGAAUGGAAAAGUUAUGGCAUAUGUGUUGAUGCAUAUCUUUGAAGUGUGACAAAGCUUAGGAGACAAGAAAAAAACAGGUACCCUUUUCUCUCAUGGCUUGUUGGAAUCAAUUGAAAAAGAAGGUUUUGGCCUUACUAGUUCACAAUUAUGUAGAUAAAAAGAGGGUUUUGAUUUUGCUUAUAUGAAAGAUUUCUCUAAUGUUUUUGUUGGUGUUACCAUUUGUUUUUUCUUUGGAAUAUGAUGCUGUUGAUGUUGCCCUUUAUGGAUA